UUUCCCCAGGGGCAGGGGCUGCGGCGGCCGGGCCGCGGUGCGUCUGCAGCAUCCAGUUUUGGCGUCUCCAGCCCCCUGCGCGCCUCGGCUCCGUGUCUCCUCCCCCUCCCGCCCAUGUGGGGCUCCCACGGCGAGCCAACUCCGCGCACUUUGCCCCUCGUUGGCAGCGAAUAAAAGGGGUCAGAGGAAAUACGGGGCACGAUUACCCACUGCCAGCUCUAGCCUUUAAAUCCCCAAGCCUGGGGGAGAUCCGCACACAUCGAGUCCGGUCUCGGAUCCCGAGCGCGAGGUCCCGAGCUCCGCGCCCACGAUUGCAGCGCACGAGCGCACUCGGCAGCCGAGUCCGCGCAGUGACUCUCAGCCCCGGGAAAGUGAUUCCCGGCGUCGGCGAGCCCAGAUGCCGGCCCACUUGCUGCAGGAGGAGAUCUCCAGCUCCUAUACCACCACCACCACCAUCACAGCGCCGGCCCCCAGGGUCUUGCAGAAUGGCGGGGGCAAGUUGGAGAAGCUUCCCCUCUAUUUGGAAGAAGACAUCCGCCCCGAAAUGAAAGAUGACAUCUAUGACCCCAGCUACCAGGACAAGGAGGGCCCGAGGCCCCAGCUGGAGUACGUGUGGCGGAACAUCAUCCUCAUGUCGCUGCUGCAUCUAGGAGCCUUGUACGGGAUCGUGUUGAUCCCCUCCUGUCGGUUGUACACCUGUCUGUGGGCAUUUUUGUACUACAUCAUCAGUGCCCUGGGCAUAACGGCUGGGGCACACCGCCUCUGGAGCCACCGGACGUACAAAGCUCGGCUGCCUCUGCGCGUCUUCCUGAUCAUCGCCAACACCAUGGCCUUCCAGAACGAUGUCUUUGAAUGGGCCCGAGAUCACCGCGUCCACCACAAGUUUUCGGAAACAGACGCCGACCCCCAUAACUCCCGACGUGGCUUCUUCUUCUCGCACGUGGGCUGGCUGCUGGUCCGCAAACACCCCGCCGUCAAAGAGAAGGGGGCCCUGCUGGACCUGUCCGACCUGAAGGCUGAGAAGCUGGUGAUGUUCCAGAGGAGGUACUACAAAGCCGGUAUCCUGCUCAUGUGCUUCAUCUUGCCCACGCUGGUGCCCUGGUAUUUCUGGGAGGAGAGUUUCAUGAACAGCCUCUACGUGGCCACGCUCCUGCGCUACGCCUGGGUGCUCAACGCUACCUGGCUGGUGAACAGCGCCGCGCACCUCUACGGGUACCGCCCUUACGACAAGAACAUCAACCCGCGGGAGAACAUCCUGGUUUCACUGGGCGCCGUGGGCGAGGGGUUCCACAACUACCACCACACCUUUCCCUAUGACUACUCGGCCAGCGAGUACCGCUAUCACAUCAACUUAACCACCUUCUUCAUCGACUGCAUGGCUGCCGUGGGGCUGGCUUACGACCGGAAGAAAGUGUCCCCGGCGACCAUCCUGGCCAGGAUUAAAAGAACUGGAGAUGGAAGCUUUAAGAGUGGCUGAGGUCUGGGUCCCUGGGGUUCCUUUUCCAAAAGCCAGCGAGGCAGAGUUUUUAAUGUUCUGUUUAUUAACUACUGAAUAAUGCUACCAGGAUGCUAAAGAUGAUGAUGUUAACCCAUUCCAGUACAGUAUUCUUUUAAAAUGCAAAAGUAUUGAAAGCCAACAACUCUGCCUUCAUCUGAUGCUAAGCUGAUAUUCUUUCUCUCUCUCUCUCUCUCUCUCUCUCUCUCUCUCUCUCUCUCUCUCUCUCUCUCUCUCUCUCUCUCUUCUUUUUUUAGUCCCAUUGUCCUUUGCUUUAUUCCUAUCCAUUUCCUUUCUCUUGCUCGCUCAUUGCCUGUCCCCCGCUCCAGGCAAGCAUUGAUGAGUGUCCAGCUUGCAAAAUCCAGACCACCCUCCUGUAGUCCCAGACGAGUGGUCUUUGCCCCCAGAUGACUCUUUCUUGAGCUGUCCUGGCGUCAGUGGCUCAUGCUCGAGAUGCGACACAAGACUCUUCUGGGGAAGCCCUAGUUUAGUUGCCUUCAGCCCGGGCUCUGGCUUGAUGGGAUGGAAAAGUAACGAUUUGGCAGAAAGCUUCUAAAGCCAGACAAUUGUCAGGGGAGAGAGUUGGCAGGCAAGGUGUGAUUGACAAGUGGUGGUGUGGGAAACACGGCCAGCGGCUCCCGCCGUUCCCAGAUACAUAGCCCCCCUGGGGAGGACGUGAAGCCCCAGCGACCCACCUGCCUUUUCUCUCUCCUGGCUCGAAGGAUGGGGGCUGGCUGUGAAGCUCAGCAACGCUGUUCUGCCAUCGUCUCGGCUGGGGAUUAAAGAGGACGUGUUUAGUUGUAGUGAACUGGAAUCAGGCUUGGCAAGGGUAGGCUCCUUUUCUUCUUCUUUUUUUUUUUUUUUUUUUUGGAUAGAAAUAUUUUAAAGUUUUAUUUUACUGGAUGUUUGGAGAUUGGGUGUUUUCAGAAUCGGGGAGGGGGGUGCGGCAGCUCAUGGGAUCAACAGAAUGCCUUUGUCUUUCUGCUCUGCCUUGGGAGAAAUGGAUGAGCCCGCUUCCUAGUAAGAAGGAGGUUGGCGUUUCCAGACGGCCGAUAAAGGAAUGUGUCGAUGGUAUAGUGGUGAACAUAGCGGCCUUCAAAGGGAAGGAUUUUAGGAGGUGGAAUGGACUCAGAUGUAAAAACAAACAAACAAAAAAACACAUGCACGGUAUUUGCUUUGCUUAGAGUAGUCAAAUCAUUCCCCUGGCAGAGCAGGCGACUCGUAAAAACCGACAGAGAGGAGAGACGCGGUGGGCCGCCCGCGUCCCUCUUACUGUGGAGAGGUCCAGGGCCGCGUGUGUCGGCAGUCUCAAACGGGAACUUUGCAGAGAAGGGUUCUGGGAACACGGCUGUGGGGUCAAAGGUUAGAAGUCAUUUGAUGUCUUACUGUGGAAAGUGGCUAUCCAAAGGAGUUGCCCGUUAGAUUAUUGAUUAACUCCAGUUUCUCCUGGGAAUGAGUGGAAACUGGAGAGCUGCUCUCCACAGCGCCAACCGUUUUCCUGUUACCAUCUGGCCAAAAGCAUAUAGGACUGUCAGGGCUGAGGGCGGGGCCAGGUAGGAAGCUCAGACCGCCCCGGACCAUCCUUUCUGUCUGUUGUCUCCUGUGGGGUUCUCUCUCCUCCAGCAUUUUCUCCCUCUGGACCGCAGCCUCCUUUGAGGGUCAGUCUGUCCAGGCAGCUCCCUCUCCUGCAGAUGGACAGUUCAGGGCCACCAAACCCCCCUGCCUCUCUAUCAGGUUGAGCUAGCAGCCACUUUCACGUGGCCUCCAGAAUCUCAGCCAUCCCCGCCGGGCUCCCCUGCCCCACCGAUGACUCAACUGGCAAAAAAAUUCCCUACUAACAUCCCUGGCACAGAGAUGCGCUCUCAUGAGGCACUGCCACGCCAAAGCCUCUCCGCCAUGUGCCAGUGUGUCCGUCAGCCAUGGAGCAAAAGAGGGUUGGGUGGUUGGUUGUUCUUUUCUUUCCUUAGGCUCCUUGGUCCUGGCCAACAGCAGUGAGCGUGGGAGGGGGGGGGCAGCCCCCGCACCCUGGGCCAGCCUGCCCAGCCCAGCCAACUGCAGUGCUUACGGUAGUAGGAGGGAGCCUGGUCUUCCUUGGGGAGCGCAAGAAGCAUAGGCAGGUGCCAAAGUGCCUCAUUCCGCAGGAGGACGGGUCCCUGGGGCCAGGGUGGACUGCCUGGCCACGGCCAAGACAGAUCUGAAAUGCCACGACCUUUGCUAAAUAGCAUUUCUGUGUGCAGUGUACUAACCAGCAUUCCUCACGGCACGGCCCAGUGCCCACGUAGUAGAAAAGGGAUCUACAACAACACUGUCCAGCACGUCGGACACUCCCGGCCCCCCGUGCCUCAGGUCAGCAUGGAAGCCUGGCUUUACUUUCUCCAUCCUGGGAACGUACAACACCCCACGUUCUGUGCCAGUUGAGGCGACUGGUAGAAGGGAACGCGAGAGCCUGCGUUUCUCUGGCCAUGGAACGGGAUUGGAAGCAUUCUUCCCUCUAGAGCUGUUCCUGUCCGUAGAAAAGAAUAGUCUGGAAGGACAGCUCUAGAUUGUACCCAUCUGACCAGUGCCGAUGCCUUGGAGAUGGCGGUUGGCUCGUUCUGAUUCCCAUCUAGGUCAUCUGACAGGCGCUUUAUCACGUAUGAUCAGAGCUUUCUCUCUAAUCUUGUUCCAUGGAACUGAACAAUGGCAGAGCCCUACAGCAGGCUGAACGGGGUUCCCCUGGCUAAGGGUCCCCGGCAUAGGGAUAAGAAUGUGUAGGUGGGAGGGAUGUCUGCUGAGUACUGAACACUUUUUUCCCCCCCUUCUUCAAGAUUUUAAAGCUAAAUUCAAAUGACACAUUAAUGAUCCAGAAACUCGGAUCAAUGGUCUGAAUUGGUCCGACUCUCUUGCUAUCCUUGCUUUGUGGGUGUGCUGAGGACUUAUUUGGGUGCCUUACAUCCUUCCUAAUCAGUGUCACAUAGGAGCCUGACCUCACCGCUCCUGGCCCUCUCUCUGGAGACGCUUCCCGCCUGGGAGCGUGCAGGAGUGGCCGGAAGGGAAAGGGACCCGGCUGGAGGGCAAACAGGAGAGCUUUUGCAGGAUGCCCUUCUGGGCUCCAUUUUGAAAUUUUAUUUUCUUUGGGCUUUUUUUUUUUUUUUUAAGUUUUAUUAAGUGCCCACAUCUGAUGGCGGGUGGAAGUAAUUUGAAUGUACUUGAUUUAUAAAUUUUUUUUUUUAAUUUUAGGUUAAAAGAUGGUUGUAGCAUCUUGUUUUCUCCUUGGUUGAAAAAAUAGUAUCCUGAGUGUAUUCUCUGUAAGUGUAGCUCAAAUGGGUGAGAUGGAAGGGCAAAAGCAAGCAAGGUCUCGAUACUAUGUGGGUGGUCCAAGGCCUCUCCUACCACUGUGCCACUGACUUGCUAUGUGACCCUAGGCAAGUCACUUAACUCUAAUGUGCCUCAGUUUCCCUUCUGUUAUAAUGGGGAUAAUAAUACUGACCUACCUCAAAGGGCAGUUUUGAGGCGUGACUAAUGCUUUUUAUAAAGCAUUUUGGAAUCCUUCAGCAGAGGAAUUCUCUUAAGUCCUAAGUAUUUUUAUAGUAGCAGUGUCCACCAUGAGCGUGUGCCCGCCGAGAAACCGUGUGUCCUGAAUGCUCACGUCAGUCUGCAUGGUUCUGUCUGAGAAACUGAGUUCCUUGGAUAAGUGGUGGAUAACUAGCCAGGCAAAAUUUGAGAAUGCAUAAACUCAUUGCCAUGGAAACAUACACAGGAUAUCUUUUCCUUGAUUGGGUGGGAUUUUUUUUUUCCUCUUUAUGUGGGAUAAUAGUUAUUUGUGACCUAUAAAUAAUUUUGGAAUAAUUUCUAUUAAUAUCAAUUCUGAAGCUAGUUGUACUGAUCUGAAAUUGUGUUUGUUCAUAAUAAAAGUGAAGUGAAUCUGA